GCUGGCAGUCGAUCUCAAUACGCCUCGCCGUACACACGUGCGCGCGCGUAUACACACAGGGCACGUGCACCCGUCACGCGCACACACGCCCGGCACUAAGGUCAGGGACGGGGUACUGAAGGUUGGAAGACAGAAGCCAGCGUGUGUUUGGACAGGUACUCCCCCUGCGAGACGGUACACAGCUGUACCGCCACAGUGACUGACGGUACACAGCUGUACUACCACAGUGACUGACGGUACACAGCUGUACUACCACAGUGGCUGACGGUACGCAGCUGUACCGCCACAGUGACUGACGGUACACAGCUGUACUACCACAGUGACUGACGGUACACAGCUGUACCGCCACAGUGACUGACGGUACACAGCUGUACUACCACAGUGACUGACGGUACACAGCUGUACUACCACAGUGACUGACGGUACACAGCUGUACCGCCACAGUGACUGACGGUACACAGCUGUACCGCCACAGUGACUGACGGUACACAGCUGUACCGCCACAGUGGCUGACGGUACACAGCUGUACCGCCACAGUGGCUGACGGUACACAGCUGUACCGCCACAGUGGCUGACGGUACACAGCUGUACCGCCACAGUGACUGACGGUACACAGCUGUACCGCCACAGUGACUGACGGUACAGCACCACAGUACCCCCAGGGGUAGACGACCCGCUGGACCUCACCUGGGCGACUCCUCAUGAAUCGGAAAAAGAAAAUCCCGAGCCACUGAAAGCAGAGGGCGCCUCUCCCACUUGCAACACCCGCCACCACUUGCAACACCCGCCACCACUUGCAACACCCGCCACCACUUGCAACACCCGCCACCACUUGCAACUCCUGCCACCACUUGCAACACCCGCCACCACUUGCAACACCCGCCACCACUUGCAACUCCCGCCACCACUUGCAACACCCGCCACCACUUGCAACACCCGCCACCACUUGCAACACCCGCCACCACUUGCAACACCCGCCACCACUUGCAACACCUUUAAACGUUGUGAGGAAGACAAUGUCUGAGAGGACUGUGGGUGCGUGAGGUCCUCUAUGGUGGCGCGUCAAUAGACCGGAGUUGGGUUACCGAAAACCCUUCAAUCUGACGAACUUGGUCAACAUUGCGGAAGUCCACUGAGACUGGAGGAGGGCCUCGGAACACUGGAGGAGGGCCCGAAACACUGGAGGAGGGGCCCAGAACACAGGAGGAGGGCCCAGAACACUGGAGGAGGGCCCAGAACACAGGAGGAGGGCCCGAAACACUGGAGGAGGGGCCUAGAACACAGGAGGAGGGCCCAGAACACUGGAGGAGGGCCCAGAACACAGGAGGAGGGUCCAGAACACUGGAGGAGGGCCUCGGAACACAGGAGGAGGGCCCGGAACACUGGAGGAGGGGCCAGAACACUGGAGGAGGGCCCGAAACACUGGAGGAGGGGCCCAGAACACAGGAGGAGGGCCCAGAACACUGGAGGAGGGCCCAGAACACAGGAGGAGGGUCCAGAACACUGGAGGAGGGCCCAGAACACAGGAGGAGGGUCCAGAACACUGGAGGAGGGCCCAGAACACUGGAGGAGGGCCCAGAACACUGGAGGAGGGCCCAGAACACUGGAGGAGGGCCCAGAACACUGGAGGAGGGCCCAGAACACUGGAGAAGAGCCCAGAACACAGAAAAAGGGCCCAGAACACUGGAGGAGGGCCCAGAACACAGGAGGAGGGUCCAGAACACUGGAGGAGGGCCCAGAAGACUGGAUGAGGGCCCAGAAUACUGGAGGAGAGCCCAGAAUACAGCAGAAGGGCCCAGAACACAGCAGGAGGGCCCAAAACACAGGAGGAGUGCCCAGAACACAGGAGGAGUGCCCAGAACACAGGAGGAGGGCCCAGAACACAGCUGGAGGGCCCAGAACACGGCAGGAGGGCCCAGAACACAGGAGGAGGUGCCUGGAACACUGGGUAAUGUGGGCGGACGCGAGACGAGGCACAGGCCUCAGUAGUCUCCCCUCUCAGGUGUCGUCGUCAUGGCGGUGUGAGCGGAGCCCCAGGAUGGUGGGCGGGCUUGUGGCGGCCGUGAUGCUGGCCGUGGUGGGGCUGGCCUGCGCCCACCCCGACACCGACGACCUCCACGACCUGGGCCUCAGCGUCGUCGCCAAGCGCGACCUGGAGUUCAACCAGUACGUGCCCGGGUACAGGCUGCGGGGCGAGCCCAGCUGCGAGGAGCUGCGCGAGAUGUGGCGACUCAGCAAGCGCGAGGCCCGGCGAGCCACCUCCACCAACCAGCUGCCCAGGACCCGCUCCUACAACAACUACGGCAGACACAGGACCUUCGGCCCGGACUCCAACGGCCGGUCCAAGUCCUCCAUCUACGGCAGCAUCAUACCCUAUCCAAGCCCCUCGCAAGCCCGCCCUAGCCCCUUCGAGAAUCUGAGGGCUAUCCUGGGCUCUGGGAACCGCCAGGGCAAGUAUGAUGCGGUGCACCGUAAACUGACCGCGAUGCGAGGACCUGGCCGCUCCUCUAAGGGCCGGUACGACGAGCUGCGGAGGAUGAUGGCGGCGGAGCGUCAGGAGCCGCGUCCCGUGGCCCUCGCCCUCCGUGCGUCACCGCAGGAGGCUCACCAGCCUAGUCCCAAGUCCCGCAGGGAGCCCCCGGCCAUGUACCCCAGGACCAUGGCGGGCUCCACGCACUUCAGCCACCAAGGGUUCGUGGGCCCGUUAUUGCCCGCUGACUCCAGACUCACCGCAUUCACCCCCUGGCAGCCAGCGGCCUCAGCCCCUGAUAUGAGAAGCUGUGGCGAGGUGAGGCGCCUACACUGCCGCAUUGACUCCGACUGCGCAUGUGCGGGUCUCUAUCGCUGCAAUAAGGCCCGGUGUAAAGUGUCGACCAAACAACCAGUGGUGGAGGACAGUAUGGGCGGGUGGUACAGUGGACCAGUGGAGCAACAGGAGCUGGGAGUGUGGAGUCUACGCUAGCCCUUCCACACCCUUCUCAACCCACGCCCCCUCAUACCAAGCCACGCCCCCAUAUGCCAAGCCACGCCCGCCAGACACGCCCUCCGGAGCAGCAGCAGCAGCAAGUCACUCUGCGUGAGACAACAUCCUGGGUCACCUCUGACCUUCACAUAUCCUCUUGUCCUCUCUGCAAGCAGAAACAAUCAUCUUUUUAAUUUCUAGAUGGUUGUUCAUGGUGCCAUUGGGUGAUCCCAGCCAUGAACGGCUACCAUUGUCGGCUAACCGGCUCGGCAACCGGUUUUAAUUUGUCUGGGCAGUCUUUUAGGAGCCCAAAGAAGAGUCUAGGUGCCAUACCUGCCAUUGGGAGAGGAGUCUUAGUCUUUGUAUUAUCUCUUGCGUCAGGCCGUGUGCAUGUAUCCGACUGUAGCCUGUUGACGUUCUUGUACCAGGCUACGUACUAGUGUCAAGAAACAGGUGUGUAGCCUUGUAAUAUCAUAUCACGUAUUCAAUCCGCAUAUCACAGAUGCCAUAUCAGAACACAAUGUAAACAAUGUAAAUUACUUGCUUUCCUUCUUGGCAACGAUGUAUUUUGGAUUCAUUGUUUGAGACAAAUCUUUCCCUCUCGAGUCUGGGUGAAGUGGAUCUUUAAGAUGUCCUAAAUAUCAACUUCUUAUCAAGGUGCUUUCAAGUACUUGCUUUUUGUUAUUUUAUAGAAUAUAUAUAUAUAUA